AUGGCUGCCAUCCUUCGUGGCCUUGCAGCCGCUUGUCUGCCUGCUCUAGCACUGGGCGCAACGUUCGACCUCUCGGGUCUCUCUUGGACGCUCAAGAACGCGAACGGCUCUAUUGCUAUACCCGGCUCUGUCCCAUCUCAGGCGCACUUGGAUCUUUUAAAGGCAGGUGUGAUAUCUGAGCCUCUGCUUGGCAUAAAUGACGACCUGCAACGAUGGAUCGUAAAUGACAACUGGACUUACACGGCUGAUCUGACGCCCUUCACGUCUACGUACGCACAUACCCCGGGCGAACGAGCUCUAUUGGUAUUCUACGGCUUGGACACGAUCGCGAACAUAACCCUGGCAGGGAACCCUGUCGCAUGGGUGAACAACCAAUUCCGCCAAUACGUGUUUGAUAUCACGGAAAAGCUCGCCUCCCCGCGUUCCGGCGAUAACAAUCUGACAGUCGCGUUCGAGUCCGCCUGGUACUAUGGGCUGAACGUCACCUCCCGGCCCGACGCCGAGUAUUUCCCGAACACCGCGAACGUUACCACUGUAGACAACUUCGAAUAUCCCGGCGUGCGUCAGUAUAUCCGCAAGAUCGACGACGACUUUGGUUGGGAUUGGGGACCCGCAUUUGUGCCCUCGGGUAUAUUCAAGCCAGCGUACAUUGUCACGCUCCUUGAUCCCACGGACAUCAUCCAAGUCGCCCCGAUCGAGCUCUCAGGCUCGGACAUCGUUUUCCUCGAAGAAUCUUCGAUCGAUAUUUACAAGCCGCUCUCGGACCCGUCCACGCUCACGUACGACGAGGCCGCCGACUGGAACGUCAACGUCACCCUUGCGCUUCGCUCCGCCCUUCCCCUCUCGGCGCCCACUAUCACCCUCUCUAUCCCCGAGCUCAACCUCACUUCGGAUGCGAUCGCCGUGGAGUCCUUGCCGGGGGACACCGCGGAGGCGAAAUGGGUGACCGCGAUGUGGACAGUGCCCGAGGGCCUCCCGCAGCGGUGGUACACGCACGACCUCGCGACGGGCCCGAAGCUGUACAACCUGACUGUGACGCUCGACUUCCAUGUCUUCAAAUUCCCGGCUAAUAUCUCCCUUACCCGCGCGACCGGGUUCAGGACGAUCCGCCUCGCGCAAACGGCGUAUAGUCCUGAGGAAAUUGCGGCGAGGGGGAUUACGCCUGGCGACCAGUGGCACUUCGAGAUUAACGGAAUGGCGUUCUAUAGCAAAGGGACGAAUAUUAUUCCGUUUGAUCCAUUCUAUUCGAGGAUUACGACCGAGCAGGUAAGGUGGGUGCUGCAAGCUGCUGUAUUGAGCGGUCAGAAUAUGCUACGAGUCUGGGGAGGCGGGAUGUACCAGCCAUCCUCGUCCGACGUCGCCGGUGGCGUAUACUCGUUCUACUCGCUCUGCGACGAACUUGGCAUCCUUGCCUGGUCCGAGCUCAUCUUCUCGGACACCUUAUACCCCAUCAACCCGUUCCUGCUGGAAAACAUCGAGCCCGAGGUCCGGCAGAACGUGCGCCGCGUGAACACCCAUCCCAGCAAUGCGCAGUGGGCGGGCGGGAACGAGAUCGAGGGGAUUGUGCUGCAGGCUAACUAUAGCUUAGCGAAUGGGACGCAUUAUCUCAAUGAGUUCGUGACGCUGUUCCAGGAUUUCUUGUACGGCAUAGUGACCUCGGAGACGGAAUCGGUUCCCUAUACGGAUUGUUCUACGACCCAUGGGGUCCUGAGCCUUGAGCCGUACGUGCUCCGGUUCUUGAACGCCACUCCUGGAUCCAUAUACGGCAAUUCUGAGCGGUACAAUUACGAUGCGUCGCAGGCAUUCAACCUCAGCACUUUCCCGGUAUCCAGGUUCGUUAAUGAGUUCGGCUUCCACUCGAUGCCGUCUUUCUAUAGCUGGGAAGAGGUACUCGAGAACCCUGAAGAUUUCAACUUUAACUCCACAGUCGUGAUGUCUCGCGACCAUCAUCCGCCAGCCGGCAAUCUGUCGUUCCCCAACCCGAACGCUCCUCAAGGGCAAUACCAAAUGACGCAGGGCGUUGAGCUCUGGUUGCCCACACCCGGUACCUCCGACUCCAACCAGACGUUCGCUCAGUGGUGCUACAGCACGCAGAUAUUUCAGUCGAUGACGAUGGCGGCCCAGAUUGCCUUCUACCGUCGGGGGGCGGGCUUUGGCGAGAAUAACCUAGGAAGUCUUGUCUGGCAGCUUAACGACAUUUGGCAGGGUGUCAGCUGGUCUGCCGUAGAAUACUCUGGUCGAUGGAAGGUUCUCAACUAUGGAUUGGCCAACGUCUAUAGCCCGGUCAUCAUCAGUUCGUUCUGGACACCUGAGAACGGGACUUUGGACGUCAUGGUCACCUCCGACCGCUGGACUGAUGUUUCAGGGACCGCUCAGUUGACGUGGUUCGACUGGACCGGGAAGGAGCUGAACUCGACUUCCUAUGACUUUACCGUCCCCUCGUUGAAUAACACCGUUCUUCUGAGCGCUACCGGCCUGAGCAACAUCCUCCCGGCCGGCUCCCAAGUCAACGAUGUCUUCCUCUUGAUGAAUCUGACGGCACAAGCAGACAAUCGGACCGUCACUAACGAGCAAUAUUUCACUCCCGCAUCGCUGGCCAAUGCUGCGCUUGUCGAUCCGCAGAUUCGCGUUGUCGGUCACGACAAUUAUACUUUCGAGCUCUCGGCACUGGGCGGCGUCGCUCCUUGGACAUGGAUCGACCAUCCAGCCGGUACCGUUGGCUACUUCGUCGACACAAUAACAUGUUUGCCGUCGAACGGAUUCUACCUGAUCCCAGGGAGGGACCGCACAGUCCAAUUCAUGCUAAAUCCGAUACUAUCCAAGUCACAAAGCCCCGACCCGGCGGAAUUUGUAGUCAGAUCCGUUUGGAAUAAUACGCACGUAUAGUUCCUGGCCAGUACUUUUGUCACGUAGUUGGACAAACGAAUACCUGAUUACUCCGGAAUCCGGGAAGGACUGGUAUUGCCAUAGAUUACAGAUAAACUACAGACACGCUACAUCUCGAAAGUGACAAAUGAAUAAGUUAGUUUACAACGACCACUGGCAACACAUCUACGAACUGCAAUGAAAGGUAGAAAUAGCGUCCAAAUGGAUGCUAACUAGCAUCGAAAAGUGAUAAGAGUACGCGCAAAGUCCGGUCGUUCCCUUGUCCGUAGUCUUUAAGCGAGGCGAGUAGAGUCUGGACGCCCGCUUCGUUCGACAAAUGCUUGAGGGUCAAGGCCUUCAAAGAGUUCUCGAUGCGGAGCGAGAGGGAGUCCAUGAGGAGCAUUAAGUCAUUGUCAGAGGCCUUCUCGCUGAUCGCAGGCAUCAGCAACUCCGCAUUUCCGCGGAUGAUGCAUGAUCCUGAGGAGGACUCGUCGGCACCGGCUUGACCUGCUCUGCUGCUUUUGCCUGGCGGUUCGGCCCGGAACACCCGACCGGAAGUCAGGGCCUCCAGGCGGAUGGCUAACAUCUCCAACUGACGCAUCUGGUCCACGCUGAACUGUAUCCUGGACGUGUUCUCGCUUGGCCUCUCGUCUUUGAGAUCCUUACGUCCUGCAAGCGCACGAGGAUACACGACCGAGAGCAUCUCGGGGAUUUCCAACCCCUUGAGCUUCACCUCCCCAACGGGGACCACCUCGAUACCGAUCUGCUGUAUGGCCUCAAUCGCCUGAGGAGCCUGAGAGAAGGAAUAUUCGGUUUCGGGCUCAGUGCCCAGUACUUUGGCGUUAAUCUCUCGGACGACAUCUGCGCUGCACAUGAUCUGACCUCCUGCAGCACGAGCGCAGAUCCGCGCCGAACGGUUGACCAUAGUGCCAAAAUAAUCCAUACGAUGCGUGAUCGGAUCUCUUUCGCAUACGGGAGUGCCACAGUGCAUACCCAUCCUCACGGAUAGACCCCUCUCAAUGAUACGGCCAUCGGCAUCGAGUAUUUCCUUUCCGUCCUCGCACUCUAGGAUUUCCAGAGGCCAGGCUUCCUUGAGUAAUGCUUCUUGAACCGAAAGACACCACCACAAGGCUGAGAGCGAAUUCUGGAAGGAGCACAUGAAGGCAUCACCUUCGGUCUUGACUUCGUACCCACCGCAGAAGCGUAACUGCCUCCGCAAUAGGUUGUUGUGUAGGCGCAUAGCAGUCGCC